CCACUUGACUGAAGGUUCGGCCCUGGCGCCGCCCUCAGUCCCCAGGCGCUCGCUGACUGGGGUGGUUGGGACCGUUAGCUCGGCAGGCUGGCAGGCUCCGGGGCGCUACUCCAUUGGCGGCCGGGAUGGAGACGAUGCGAGCGCAGCGGCUGCAGCCUGGUGUGGGCACCAGCGGGAGGGGCACUCUCCGAGCGCUGCGGCCGGGAGUGACUGGGGCCGCGGCUACCACCGCCACACCCCCUGCGGGCCCCCCGCCUGCCCCGCCGCCUCCCGCACCGCCUCCGCCGCCGCUGCUCCUGUCUGGGGCCCCAGGACUACCCCUGCCCCCCGGCGCCGCCGGCAGCCCGGCAGUGCUGCGAGAGGCCGUGGAGGCCGUGGUGAGGAGCUUCGCCAAGCACACGCAGGGCUAUGGCCGAGUGAAUGUGGUGGAGGCACUUCAGGAAUUCUGGCAGAUGAAGCAGUCCCGUGGUGCUGACUUAAAGAAUGGGGCUUUAGUGGUUUAUGAGAUGGUUCCCUCCAACAGCCCUCCUUAUGUCUGCUAUGUCACCCUGCCUGGGGGAAGUUGCUUUGGGAGUUUCCAGUUUUGCCCCACAAAAGCUGAGGCCCGGAGGAGUGCUGCAAAGAUUGCGCUAAUGAAUUCUGUGUUUAAUGAACAUCCUUCCCGAAGAAUCACUGAUGAGUUCAUCGAGAAGAGUGUCUCUGAGGCCCUGGCAUCUUUCAAUGGCAACAGGGAGGAAGCUGACAACCCAAAUACAGGGAUUGGUGCCUUCCGAUUCAUGCUGGAAUCCAACAAGGGCAAAUCAAUGUUGGAGUUCCAGGAGCUAAUGACAGUUUUUCAACUGCUACACUGGAAUGGCAGCCUUAAGGCCAUGAGGGAACGACAAUGCUCUCGGCAGGAGGUGUUGGCUCAUUAUUCGCACCGGGCCCUGGAUGAUGAUAUUCGCCACCAAAUGGCCUUGGACUGGGUGAGCCGGGAGCAGAGUGUGCCGGGGGCACUGUCUAGAGAGCUGGCCUCUACUGAGCGGGAGCUGGAUGAAGCCCGACUGGCAGGCAAGGAGCUGCGCUUCCACAAGGAGAAGAAAGAUAUUCUCGUGCUGGCUGCUGGGCAGUUGGGCAAUAUGCAUUCUUCCAGCUGCUAGGCAUCCACCCACAUACUCCCCAGCCUUUCCACGGCCUUUUUUUUAUGUUUCCUUUCUAAGAUUUAGGAUGGUUUUUUGUACAUACUUUCUCAAUUUUAUACUUUAAAAUAUAUAUAUAUGUGUAUAAAUUCUACACCUAGAUUCCUAUUUGCUAAGAGAUCCCUUUUCUUACUUCCAGUUUUUGGAUAUAGUUUUAUUUGAAACAUCUUCAGUCCACUUUACAACAAAGAGCAGGUUGUCUUUGAAGCUUUGUUAGCUCUUAAACUUCCAGAUUAACUAUGUAGUCAUUUCAGUAGCACUAAAAGAUUAACUC